UUUUCUAAUUAACAUUUCUGAAUUAUUUUUGCACGAUAUUGCUUUAACUACAUGUAAAAUAAACAUCCUUUUUGUAAGUGAAAAAAACAUAGUCACCGUCGCAGGAUUUAAUGACGUAAAUUUAUGCGACCGAGAGUAAAGUCAGGAACCAACUUCGCUUACUAGCAGGUCUCAAGCCUCGUGCUGGCAAUGGGGGACAUGAAGACCCCAGACUUUGAUGAUUUGCUGGCAGCGUUUGACAUUCCUGAUAUCGAUGCCAAAGAGGCCAUUCAGUCAAGUCCAGAGGAGGAACAGGAUGAGGCGGGGUCUAAUGCAGAUGAGAGAGAGAGUGGGUCUCCUUCACACUAUCCUGGCCCUCCUGCCUCGCAAAAUGACCCUCCUGUGGUCAGUGUUAUAGUAAAGAACACCGUUCGGUCUGACUCUUCUGAAGAGGAGGACAAGUUGGUCAGAGAUAAAACAGACAGUCCCUCAAACAGUGGCAUAAACUCUCUGGGUCAGGUCAAAGUGGGAGUCCGCACCUCACAGUUUGGUCCCAAAACGUCUGCUGGUGCGCCUGUGGAGCCCCAGAUCGCCAAUGGAUUUGAGGGAUCGGUCCCCAGAGAUGAGGGACAGUCCAACACAGAGCCGUGGCCCCCUCAUUCACCAUUGAGGUCCACACUGAGCACCGAUGAGGAUGAAAGAGAUAAAGGAGCUGAGGCGGGAUCUGUCCAGCACACGACUGAUGUCAUCAACAGUUUGAAGCCCCUCCUCUACCUCCAGUCUUCAACUAGUGCUGAUCCCAACUCCUCAUCUCCUCCCUCCUUGCACUCUGCCAGCCCUCACCUUCCUCCUCACUCCCCUCAGAAGGAGGAAACUUGCCUCAGUGAUCCGUCAUCCCCACCACAAAACGGGAGUAUUAAGGUCGGAAUUAAACGUGUUAUGCACUCAGAUGAAGAUGACUCAGAGCCAGACCUAGGAAGUCCCCUGGUGAUCCAGGAGAGCCCAGAAUCUGAAAUGUCCGCCCCUCCCAAAUUUAAACACAAAGCAAAACUACGGCCUAAACUGCUCAGGUCUCCUGAAACCACAUCUUGUCUUGACCCUCAUCCUCCUCGUAUGCCUUCUCUUUCACCUGCAAAACCUGAACCCAACCUUGAGGAAGAGAGGCGACCUACCACCCCCUGUUCUCCCUCUACAGCUCCUCAACCACAGAGCCCCCAGGACUGCCUUCCCACUCUCAGCAAGGGCUCUGCAUCAGUGUCAGAGGAAAAAUACCCAGAGCAUGUGAUUGAUGAGAGGGACUCGCCUGAAAGCCCACCGCCCAGUGAGACAGGUCUUGUGGCUCCUAAGAAAAGCAGCAGCCCUGAUUCGGCCCUAACAGCAGAGAACCACAAGGAGGAGCUCAUGGAAAUUGAAUCCAAAGAAGAGAACAAGCCAGGUGACACUGAGAAGCUAAAUGAAAAGGUGGCUGCAGAUGGAGACAGUGUAGACGAGGAGAGCUGUGAUGGUGGCACUGAGGAUCCUGUGCCUGCUAGUGCUGCAGAGACGGUUUCAUCUCCACUGCGUCCACUCAAAGUUAAAAUCAAAAUGCCUACAGGCAGCAUCACAAGGACUGUGUCUGGUGUUGCACCUAAAAAAGGUGGUAGAGCCACUACCAAGGGAGCAAACAGUUCACCAGAGCGACCUAACACAAGAUCCAAGAGGGAGUUCUCCCAGCAGUCUCAGUCACCUGCAGUGGUGACACUCCAGGAUGUGUGUGCUGUAACGCUGGAACGUGCCAGCACAGUCAAAGACAAAACCACAGUGAACACAAAGCCUAAAGUUUCCCCGACAGCUGUUAGCAUCACCAAAACUGCAGCCCUGCCCUCCAUCUCUGUCUCCACUGCCAGAGUCAGCUCUGGUGGGGCCAACCCUCGCGGCCUGGGUCAGAAAACUGCGAACAGCGGGGUGACGCUUUCUGCACCUUCACCUCUGCUAACGUCUCAAGGCAGCAGCAGACCAGCCUCAAUUGUGAACAGCACUGGGGCGAUCAUAUCCAAGACUCAGACCAACCUGGUGGAAGCUUUUAACAAGAUCCUCAACAACAAGAACCUGCUGCCCAGUUAUAAACCAGACCUGAGCUCACCUCUCCCUGCAGAGUGGGGCCUCCCUCUACCUGCACAGGGUUACCGCUGUUUGGAGUGUGGCGACGCCUUCGCCCUGGAGCAGAGCCUGGUGCGGCACUACGCUCGGCGCUCGCUGAGGAUUGAGGUGACCUGUAAUCACUGCGCCAAGCGGUUAGCCUUCUACAACAAGUGCAGCCUGCUUUUACACGCCAGAGAGCACAAGGAGAGAGGCCUGAUCAUGCAGUGUUCACACCUGGUCAUGAAACCUGUGCCCGUGGAGCAGAUGAUUGCCCAGCAGGAACCCACGACGACUGUGUCAUCAUCCCUCUUAGGCCAGGCCACCACAAACCCAACACCCCAGCCACAUCAGGCAGCAUCCAAGAAGAAAGUGGAGGCAGCGCAGUACGUCAGUAAUAAAUGUCCUGAGUGUCAGGCUCAGUUUGGCAGCAAAGAAGACGUGGCCGAGCAUUUCCAAGAAAUGAAACCAGCACAAACCGCUUCAUGCACAGACUGCUCUCCUCCCAUGCUCCUGCCCAACAGCUGCAGUGCCACAGCUCAUCAGCGCAUCCAUCAAGGCUGCCCACCACACAUCUGCCCGGAGUGUGGGUGCACGACCAAGCAGCCUCUAUUUCAAUCACACCUUGAUGAGACCUGUUUACACUUCGCUCGGCGCAUUGGAUACAGAUGUUCCAGUUGUCUGGUGGUGUUUGGAGGGCUUAACUCAGUGAAGUCUCACAUCCAGCAGGCUCAUUGUGACAUGUUUCACAAAUGCCCCAGCUGUCCAAUGGCUUUCAAAUCUGCUCCCAGCAUACAGAACCACAUCAGUGCCCAACACCCAACGCUCACUGAAGGACAGACCAUGUCAAUCUAUAAAUGUGUUAUGUGUGACACUGUUUUCACAAACAAGUCCCUGCUGCACACCCACUUCGACACUCAUUUAACCAAUCAGAAGGUGCAUGUGUUUAAAUGCCCCGAGUGCACCAAGUUGUUUUCUCAGAGGAAUUCCCUCCUGGACCAUUUCAAGACCCAUAAAACUCCCACGUUAAAACAAGAGUUGCCUUCACCUCCAGCUGCGCCCUCUCGAUCACGGCCCUCAGUGAAGCUGGAGAGCUCAGACGGAGAGGAAUGGAUGGAUGACGAUAAAGAAGAAAAAGUGAGGAAAGAAAGAGUGAAGACCCCGUCAGGGUGGAAGUGUGCGCCUUGCCAUGCACGCUUCACAGACCGGGAGGAGUACAUCGCCCAUAUGGCUGAACAACAUAACAAGAAGCUGAAGAAGUUUCCUUGUAACAAAUGUGAGAGCUCCUUCACCACCACCUCCAGUAUGAGACGUCACAUCAGAGACAAACACAAAGUCAUGAAUCGCUGCUUUCGCUGCAAGUUUUGUACUGAGGGUAAGAAGACAUUCAGCAGCAGAGAGAUGCUGGAGAGACAUGUUCAGCUCAGACACAGCGUGGACCCAGCGGGCCAGGACACACUGAUGGGAGGCGAGGAUGAAGCCGACAGUUCCUCAGAGCAGGACAGCAGUCUGGGGGCUACCCGGAGACGGAGAGGAGCUAUGAAGAUGGAGCGGGACGAAGAGUCUGCAGAUGGAAUGAGUCCAGUGAAGAAGUUGCGGUCCUCCUCCUCCUCUGCUCCUGCCCCCUACUCCCACCCCGAGUCUGGGUUCCGCUGCGCUCCCUGCGGCUUUACCACAGAGGACCAGGCAUUGUUCCUGGAGCAUAUCAGCCAGCACCGGCGAGGAGGGACAGAGGGCGGCAGCGGUCAGCAGUGUCUACAGUGUGGCGCCUGCUUCACUUCCAUAUCCUCCCUGUCACGCCAUCGCUUCAUCAUCCACAAAAAGAAAGAUGCAUCCACUGACAACCAGCAAUCCCUCAGCGGGCUCCCAGCGCCCUCCGCAGGUAACGGCAGGAAUCACGAUGAUAAGAGCUCUCUGGACGGUUCUGCACCUGCAUCGCCCUCUCUGUCCUCCGCAGCUCUGGGGAGGGAAGAGGACAGCACACUGGCCUGCAGGGUGUGCGGCAAACAGUUUGAAAAGGCAACGGAUCUGACGACGCACUUCAGAACUCACGGUAUGGCUUUUAUCAGUGCAAGGCACGCUGGAAAAGCUCCUUAAGAUGAGAAUGAAAUACAAGGGAAAGAGCAGAGUCGGUAGGUGAUGACAGAAUAUUUAAAAGUGCCUUAUUUACCACCGAAGUUCGGGUUUGCACACCUAUGCACUAAUUUAACCAAAGAACAGGCAGAACAGAGUUUCUAUGUAAAUAGAUCGUAAAACAAUCAAAUGUGAUUUUCACCGGUGGAGUUAAAGAUUAACCUUCUACUUUUAAAACUCAGGAUUUAAUGCUGCAUUUCUGUGUUCAGGAAUGAUACUAACGAGACAGGAGCCACUUCCUGCUCAGUGAGUAGUCUGACUAGUUCAUGUCUGUGACCACGGUCGCAUAAUAAUGUGCCUGUAUAGAACUGUGAUCCUACUGUGAUUGAUUAUGACGGCGAGUAUCAUUGAAUGUUGUUAGACAGCGAUGGAUUGUGUCUGCCUUGAUUUCAAUAUCUUCAUCCUACUGAGGAGAUGUGCUUGAAUGCUAACCCAGGGGCCAGAUGCAGAAAACUGUGUAGAUUCAAGACUAACGUGUGUGUAUGCACAAGGGCAGAAACGUUUUCGUAAGAUUUAUAAAGCCGCGUGUGAGCUUGAUUCUGCUCUAUAAAUCUGGGCGCACAUGCACGAGCCUCAUUUCCUCACCCUCUGUUCAACAUCACUGGAUGUUCGAAACACCCAUAAACAUUCAUUUUAAUAUCGAUACAAGUGCCCGCUCCACCACAAGGGGUGGGAAUCACCAGAGGCCCCACGAUACGAUAUCACGAUACAUGUGUCAUGAUAAUUGCAAUUGUAAAAAUGUUGCAAUAUGCUGAGUAUUGCGGUUACAUAUAUUGCGAUUUGUUAUCUUUUCUCAACAGUAAAUUAUGUCCCCAUGGGAAAACUUUGUCAACGUCAACAGUUUUAUCUAAGAUAAAGUUUUCAGUCUGUUCAUCUCACUUCAGUCAUUUUUAUCGCAGCAAAAUGUUUCUAAUAAACUGAAAAAGCAACUGAUUUUAUCAUUCCGGUAGGCUACUAAAAGUUUAAUUUGUAUUUGUAAUAUUAAUAAUUUAUAUAAUGAAAAAAAUUGAUGCUUGGUGUCAGUAUGGUGAGGCGAUAUUGCCACACAAAAAUAUCACAAUACUGUGCCGUAUCAAUUUCCCCUGCCCCUAUCCACCACAUAUAACCCUUAUUUUCUCUGCUUCUUGAACCUCAGUGCCAUCUAAAGAACCAGCUGUGUUUCCACUAGUUCUGCGCAGAACCAUUGUAAUCAAGGACGUGUCAUCGACAGAGAACGUUGCAGAACGGACGUUAACAGUAGUAGCAAGAUCAGGGAUUACAUUCAUUACCUACUACAGAUAUUUGCUUUUCCCUCAAAAACAAGCAUUGACCAACUAUUAAUUAAACGACCGCAUGCUUUUUUCCCCCCCUGAGACCACUUGGCACUUGACGUCUCCAUCCUCUGUUUCUAACCUGUAGAAUACGACGCCUCCACUGACGUCGUAAGUUAGUAAAAUUUAUUCAUAAAGUGCAUUUUGCAGCUAUAGGUCACUUUACAAAGCAAUAUCCUCCUGAGACCCAAACCUUUGUGGGGCAUCUUUAAUUUCUCCUAUCUAUUUAUGAUCAGUAGGACCCGAUAAGUAUAAAAAAACCUAAACAUUGUAAACAUAAUAAAGUCCCAAUGUCUUCAAACAAGUACUUCCUAAUUAACAGCGUCUGAGCUUGUUACUGUUGCAAAAAUUGUAAAUACAAACAUUAUUAAUCAUAAAUAAAGUUUCAAACAUAAAAUGUGAUCAGGUUUUGGGCCUUUGGUCCACUUUUGUGUCAGGAUCGGCUGCAGACUAACUUGGCAGAGAUGGCUGCCAUCUUGUUUUGACAAACUAGAUCAGUGUAUUACUACCAUUAGAUGGCACAAAAAUGUCUGAGUUAGGUAGGAUGAAGUAUAAGAUCAAGUAAACCCAAAAUGUGGAGGAUAAACAACAAGAAAAAAAUUACAGAGACAAAGAGACAACGUGAGCCAUGUAGUUAAAAGUGCACAACUAGCAAAAUUUUGCACACACAAGAAAAAAUACCGCUCUGGUGUGUACAGGUUACCCAAACACUAGUCUAAACAGGUGCGUCUUCAGCUGGCUUUUAAAAGAAAUCAGAGUCAGCACACUGUGAGGAAGCAGACAGAGCAUUCCAAAAUUU